AUGUUUCCUUCAAAGAAAUACAACCUUCCAGAUGAUAAACCCUCUUCUGAGAUUCCAAAACUCAACAAAACCAAUAAAGAUCAGCAGAAACCACCUUAUAAAAAUGUGUUUAAAGAUGCAGAUUUCCAACCAGUAGAUCAAGACUACAAAAAGUACACACCAUUUGCUUCGCUUAGGAUUGUUAAGGACUUUGCAAGCAGAUCAAGAAAACUGAAUGGUGAAAAGACUUACAUUCCAAGCGAAUCGCAAAAACUGUCUACUAUUGAAAGAAUUCGGAUGGCUGGACAGUAUUUCAUCGACUCUUCUUCAAAAGUAGAUGAAAUAUCCAAUCCAAGCCAUCCAUUACCAGUUUCAUCAUCCGGAUUGUCGGAUGAUGAAGCUAAAGACAUUGAUCUUCUGCUAACUCUUCUGGCUUCAGCCGAUAAAACCGGUCAACGGCAGUUUGACCAAGCAAAUGAACUCGUUGAAUUGUGUAGUAAAACGUCUUCAAAUGAAGGAACUCCUGUUGAACGAUUGGUUUACUAUUUUUCGGAUGCUAUUCGCGAGAAAAUCAACCGUGAAACAGGAAGAGAGGCGUCUGGUGGACUAGAAAGGAUGCGAGUGUUUGAUUUUCAAAAGGCUUUGAUGAGCGUGGACGCAAGUAUCUUAGCAUUUCACCAGAAAGUCCCAUUGUCGCAGAUUGCAUUUCAUUCGAAAGUCCGGCUGUCACAGGUUUGCCAGCUCAGUGCGAUAAAUACGCUACUCGAACACGUCCGAAGAGCAAGACAUAUCCACGUAGUCGAUCUCGAGAUCAGGAGCGGGAUGCAAUACACACUUAUGAUGCAAGUGAUCGCGAGCCGCAACUACUGGCAACUCAAGCACUUAAAGAUAACCGCAAUCGGUACAAGAUCGGAAUCCAAGAUAAAAGACACAUGCAACCAUCUUGCUGAGUUCGCACAAUCAAUGAACAUCCCAUUUAGUUACAAGAUAGUCAUGGUAGCAGACAUGCUAGACUUCAACAUAGAUCUCCUUGAACUCGACCGCCACGAAAAGGUCGCAGUCUACUCCUCGGUCUCAUUAUCAAACCUCAUCGUGAAACCAAACCACCUCGAACAUCUCAUGCGAGAGAUUCGAAAGAUCAAUCCUUGUAUAACCAUCGUCAACGAAGUCGAAGCAAACCACGCUUCGCUUUUGUUUGUAAAUCGUUUCAUUGACGCUUUGUUCUUCUAUGGGGCGCUUUUCGACAGCAUGUCAGUUUGUUUGGUGGAUGAUGAUCUGAACAGAAAAGUGGCGGAGUCUGUCUACUAUGCUUACUCUAUACAUAACAUUGUGGCGGCUGAAGGGGAUGAUAGAAUGAUUCGACACACUGGGAUCGAUGUUUGGAGGGCAUUUUUUUGUCGGUUUGGGAUGGUGGAGAAUGAAUUGAGUGGUGAAUCGCUGAAUGAAGCUAAGUUAUUGAUCAAAAACUUUAAUUGCGGGAAUUGUUGUACCAUUCGUCCCAGUGGUCGAUGUUUUCUUGUUGCUUGGGAUGGUGUACCAAUCUUCUCGGUUUCUGCUUGGAAGUUCAUAUGA